AUGAAUAUGUUGGAUGAUGAAGAUGACCAAAGCUUUCACGCUACGCGUGACGGCUACUCCCAUUUGAGCGACGUCGAAUGGGAUGCGGUUGAACGGAUGGGUUCGACCAUGGGCAUCCAUGCUGUUAGCGUCAUGCUAGAGGCUCUCAAUAGAGAUGCCCAACAUGCCACUAUCGCCAAGUUCAUUCAAAAUGAACUUGACGCUGAACGCGAGAAAGUAGCCUUGCUUCACCAACAAGGUUCUCAACAAGCAGAGAUGUUGAGAGAACAGGGUGCUCAACAGUUUGAACUGUUGAGACAGCAGCAGGCUGCUGCUGGUGAGGGUCGAUGCAUUCGGGUCGACCCGAGACCUUGA